AUGAAUGAGGCGUUGGAUGAAAAGGAGAAGAAGAGUGUACACGGGGAAGUGAGCAUGGGAGAUGGAGAAGGGGAGAAAAGGGUGGAUGUGGGGAUGGGAGAGGAAGAAGGUUUGAAGGGUGGGGAGGCACAGAAGGCGGGGGGGAGGGGUGUGAGGGCGAUACUAGGAGGCACUUUAUGGGGUCCGGAUUCCGGAGCUGACGAGAGGUCUGGUGAGCAGAACACGACAGGUUCGGGUCAAGGUUCGGAAAGUCGAGUGGCUGAAGGCCAAGCCUCUGAAAGCCAAGCCUCUGAAACUCAGGGUCUGACCGAAAUUGAGGAAAUGGUUUCGGGGGGAGAGGGUCUGGUAGAAGAGGGGGGGGCUGGCAGGGAAGCGAGCUUAAAGGGUGGGGCUGGGGCAGGUGGAGCUGGGGAAGGUGUGAGCUCAGUUACAGGGGAUGCGGCUCAAGAAGCUAGUCAAGAGAAGAUGGAGCAGAGGGAUAAGGAUCUGCAGAGAAAGGGGGUUACUGAAGGGAGGGGAGGAGAGGAGGAAGAGAGGAGAGGAGAGGAUGAGGAGGAGGAUGGGGCGGAGUGGGCGCAAGCAGCAGAGGCAGCAGCCGCUCUUGCAGCGGCAAUGAGAGUGUCGAAGGGAGAGGAGGGCAGAGAAGGCGACGAGGAGGGUAUGGGAGUGAGGGGCGAUAGGGGCGAAAGGGAGGGAGGCGAGGUGGGGGAGGGUGAGAGGGAAGAGUGGUUUGAGGAGGGGAGGCAGCAGGGGAGGAAGGAUGCGGAUUGGCAGUGGCCAGAGCGCGGUUUCUGGGAUGCUUCCUCUGGGAAGGACGGGGGAGUGGAGGGGGAGGGGAAGUGGUGGGGGCUUGGGGUGGGGCGGGUGGAUGAAUUUGUGGAGGCGUAUACAAGAGGCGUGGGUGAUUCGAGAUUCGAGCCGCUUCACUCGCCAACUCACUCACAGGUGAGGGAGAAUGGUGUGUGUGGUGUGUGUGGUGCGUGUGGUGUGCAUGGUGCGUGUGGUGUGUGGUGUAUGUAUGGUGCGUGUGGUGUGUGGUGUAUGUAUGGUGCGUGUGGUGUGUGGUGUAUUUAUGCAUUUGGCCUUCGGAGCAGCAUUUGGCCUUCGGAGCAGCAUUUGGCCUUCGGAGCAGCAUUUGGCCUUCGGAGCAGCAUUUGGCCUUCGGAGCAGCAUUUGGCCUUCGGAGCAGCAUUUGGCCUUCGGAGCAGCAUUUGGCCUUCGGAGCAGCAUUUGGCCUUCGGAGCAGCAUUUGGCCUUCGGAGCAGCAUUUGGCCUUCGGAGCAGCAUUUGGCCUUCGGAGCAGCACGUUUGGCCUUCGGAGCAGCGUUUGGCCUUCGGAGCAGCGUUUGGCCUUCGGAGCAGCGUUUGGCCUUCGGAGCAGCGUUUGGCCUUCGGAGCAGCGUUUGGCCUUCGGAGCAGCGUUUGGCCUUCGGAGCAGCGUUUGGCCUUCGGAGCAGCGUUUGGCCUUCGGAGCAGCAAUCCUGUGCCCAGAAGACAUUGCACCCUAUGCCUCUAGCUAGCUCCAUCGCCUUCCUUUCUUCUCCCCUCUGUUUAACCUUCAUACCAAUCAAUUUGUCUUUCCGUGACUUCACCUUGCCAGGUAUCAGAGCAUCUGUCGUUCGGAGCGGCACUGCUGUGCCCGGAAGACAUCGCCUCCCGCCCAGCCUCAAACUCCCUUCACUCAUCUCACGUCGCUCUCCCCUUCUGCUGUGUCUGCCACUCACCAACCUCGCCUCCCACAGGUAUCAGAGCAUCUGUCGUUCGGAGCAGCACUGCUGUGCCCAGAAGACAUCACCUCCGCGCACCAAAGGCUGGUCCGUCCUCCCCUCUCUUUUCCCCACUCUUUUCCCCACUCUUUUCCCCACUCUUUUCCCCUCUCGCUCUAUACACCCUUUCCCACUCUUUCUAUGCGCCCCUCACCUCGCCCGUCUCUCAUUUUGCCCCUCUCCCUCAUGUAUGCACCCCUCCUCCUCUGGCUGGGCUGCCACGACAGCAGUGUUGGACCUGCAGCGAGCCACAGAGAAGCUCAACUGGGCGGUGGACGUGGAUGGCACACAUAGCCUCGUCCUCCCCUCACAUGGUCUUCAUGACCCCUCCCUCCCUUUCUCCCUCCACCAUCCCACAUCAGGGCACGACAACAGUGGCACGACAGCAGUGUUGGACCUGCAGCGAGCCACAGAGAAGCUCAACUGGGCGGUGGACGUGGAUGGCAUGAACCGGGCGGCAAGAGACGCUGGGGUGAUGGUGGUGCACCACCCAAUCAGGGUCUAUGGGGCAGGGGAUGUGGGGGUGAUGGUGGUGCACCACCCCAUCAGGCGGAAGCUCCCAGUGGCAGUGGGGAUUCUGCACCGCCUGCUGCGCCGGGGCCUGCAUGUGCUGGUGACGGACACAGAUGGGGUGGACAGGGCGCCAGCAGUGGUGUGCGCGUAUCUGCACUGGGUGCUCGCCAUCCCCUUGCCCCAGGCUCUUCACUUCGUGUGUGACGUCCGCCCCUGCCAGCCCAACCGUGCGGUUCUGGGAGUUAAGCUGUGGUGGCUGCAUGUGUUGGUGACGGACACAAAUGGGGUGGACAGGGCGCCCGCAGUGGGGUGUGCGUAUCUGCACUGGUGUUGGCUGCAUUUGCUGGUGGCAGACAGCCCAUCCCAUUCGCCCACCGAUCCUCCCACCCAUCCUCCCACCCAUCCUCCCACCCAUUCUCAGGGCGGCACUGACAGCAGCGACAUGGGAUGGGAUCUGGUGGCCACGACUUCUCCUUGCCCUCUUCCCUCUCCCUACUCAACCCCUCCCGUCCCUCCCAUUCCAUCGUCCCACCCAUCCUCCCACACGUCCCUUCCAUCUUAUCUUAAUUUCAGGGCGGCACUGGCAGCAGCAACAUGGGAUUUGGUGGCCAUGCUGCGGCGUGGGGGCGGCACUGGCAGCAGCAACAUGGGAUUUGGUGGCCAUGCUGCGGCGUGGGGUGAGGCACACAGGGCCUGCCACUCAUUCGGUGCAGAUCGCAUGGAACCAUGGGGGGCGCGAGGUGCUUCUGGUGGGGGAGCUCUCGGGCGGGUGGAAAAACCCAGUGGCGGCCACUCCAGUUGGGGGUUCCAAGUUUGUUCUCGCGCUCAGGCUGCCCCUCGGAUCGUGAGUCUCUGCUUCUCUCUCUCCUCUUCCGCCACGCCUGUGUGGUGCCGAAAGGUCUGCCUUUUACCAGUCAGUCACCUGCUCAAAGUCUAUUCUCUUCUCUCGCUCACACUGCCCCUCGGCACUGGCAGCAUGCAGCAGCAGACCUGCUUCCUCUCACUCUCUCUCUCUCUCUCUCUCUCUCUCUCUCUCUCUCUCUCUCUCUCUCUCUCUCUCUCUCUCUCUCUCUCUCUCUCUCUCUCUCUGCACGGCACUCCUUUGUGCAUCACCUUCCUCUCACCUUCUUCUCACUUCCUCUCCUGGUGCAGUUAUUGCUACGAGUUCAUAGUGGACGGGCACUGGCGCCAUGCAGCAGACCUGCUUCCUCCACUCCCUCUCUUGAUUUGCGCUUCUUUCAUGUGCCCGCACUCUUUUUCGCACUCUCUGCCCGACUCUCAUACCUCCCUCCCCCCCUCUUGUAGCUACCGCUACAAGUUCAUAGUGGACGGGCACUGGCGCCAUGCAGCGGACCUGCCCACGGAGGUGGACGAGUGGGGCAACACCAACAACGUGCUGCACGUGGGGUCGCUGGCUCGCCACAACAAUGUAAGAGAUCUGCCCACGGAGGUGGACGACUGGGCCAACACCAACAACAUGCUGCACGUGGGGUCGCUGGCUCGACACAACAAUGUAAGAGAUCUGCCCACGGAGGUGGACGAGUGGGGCAACACCAACAACGUGCUGCACGUGGGGUCCCUGGCUUGCCACACCAAUGAUGCGGUGAGGGAGAGGGUGAUAGAGCGCCCUCUCACGGACCUCGAGAGGCGAAUGGUCACCUUCGCUUCGCAGCGCGUUGCUUUUUCCGUCUCACCCAUCACCUUCACGCCCAAGCUCAGACCAGCUCGCUCUUGA